AUGUCCAUCAAGCUCCGACGUUCUCGGCGCCAUUGCACCAAGGACAGCCCCAAGGACAGCCCCAAGGACAACCACAAGGACACACCACCACAGACUCGUCCCACCCCAGUAUGCUUCUUUGUGGUCCACACUGGCGGUAUCAGCGGGGAGUGCUCCAUCACGCCCUUGACGUCCCUCGAGGAUCUGGAAAGGACGGGGUGGCUGACUGCACCAGGGGUUCUUGUCGAGAGUGACAAGCUGGAGAGAAAGGAGAGGGAGCAGCAAUCCACCAGCAAGCAAUAG